CUAAACCAGACUGAUAGGUGGUGUUGCCUCUACGGAGCGCCGUCGCUGUUAGCCGAUGACGUUGCGGCCGAAAGCGUCGCUUGCUCUGAAUACACUUUGCGCCGUGAUUACUGAGUGAGGACUUUAUUCGCUGCGUGUCUUUGGACUUGAACCUGGACCUUUUUGGUGCUUUUUUUUGAUGGUCUCUGUGUUUCGAGAUAUCACAUUUGUGCCUUCCAUGAAGCUGCUCAGUGGCCAUCGCCUGUCGCAUUCAGAAGCAUCAUGGCCCGCACGCGUGCACGUGUUGCCAACUCGACAACCCAGCCAUCAGCUGCUGCUCGGACCACCUCGACAAAGCGCACACGUCUAGAUCGCCGCACCGAGCCCCGAAACCUCUACGAGUCCGACCCCGACAGCGAGAAUGAUAGCCCAGACGACUCCGAUGCAUCCCUCGAGUCGUUCCACGACAGCGACGACGAUGUCGCAACAGGCGCCGAUCGCGCGCUACUGGACAUUGUGAUAGAUGCGCCCAGAGCAACCCCGAAACGCCGUGGACGACCUGGCAAGCAACAGUCUGCAUCGCGGCCGGCGCCGCAAAGAGCCGUCAAGAAGAGACGCAGGGCCUCUGGGGCACUCGGCGUCCCGAGGAAGAAGCCCAAGAGAUCGAACGAGGUCACGGCUUCCUCGGCUCCAUUGGGCAGGAUACCCAACUGGUUGGACCCAAAGAUACCAUACUCGGCUUGGGUCGAUAUUUUUCUGUAUGCCGCCAGGGCAGGCGGAACUCUCGACAAUUCAUGGCUCGUGUAUGCAGCGACGACGUGUCGAGCGUUCAUGCAGCCGGCGCUCACAGGGUUAUACAAGUGUCCUACCCCGACCACAUCCUUAAAGGCACGGAAACUCAUGACAAUCUUGGAGAAGACAGAGGCGGAGACACUCAUUCGCUACAAACCCAUCAUCGAGGCCAUGUACAUCGACAUCGAUCUCUUCCCUGUCGGAUCGCUCCCUCCAGUCCUGGCUUCUCUGCAGAGGCUCAAAGAGCUGAUAGUGUUCACCAAGCUCGAUCAGCCGCCAUACCGGGCCCUUGACAAGUCGCUGCGAUGGCAAUACCCCGAGCAGCUCUUCCAGUCCUUGGAGUUGGGCCAGUACAAUCCGCAUGAUGAGGGCGAAACGUCCCCCCUCGUGCUCAAGAGCUGGGAGUGGAGCAGUCGCAUGCUUGGAGGGACGGUGCCAGACAUCGCAGCCAUAGCUCGCAUACAUAAGCUUGCGUCCUUCAGCCACCUGACGAAAGUGAGCUUCAUCAACUUCCAAACGCCGUCCCUGCACAAGCCUGUGGCGAAAACUCCAGAUGAAGCUCUGGAGAUCGAGCUGGCCGACCAGGCGGUUGUGGAUGAUCUGGCUGCAGCUAUCGCUUGCCUGGGAUCCCUUCGUCACCUUGUAUUUGAGGCAUCCACAACAAUGAAUGACCGAAUGCUUUCCAAGCUGCCGGCAGGUCUGGCGCACUUGGAAUUGAUCAAUUGUUGGGAAGUCCGUUCAGGAGAUCUUGACAGCUUCCUGCAGAGCCACGGAAGUAGCCUGCGAUACUUGACACUCUCCCACAACCAAAGUCUCAGCUUGGAAUUCGUCACGAACCUUGCGGUAAACUGUCCGAACCUAGCCGAGCUGCGAAUGAACCUGUCAUAUUACCGGCACCACGAGACAAUCGACGACUCGGAUGCCAUGUACGACCAGGCCCUUCUGCCUGGCCAGGUCCCGCUCUGGCCAUCGUCAUUACAAUUGAUCGAAAUUGAGCACGUCAGGGAGUGGACGGUGGAGGCAGCCGAGACUUUCCUCCAAUCCCUUGUCGACAGCGCCCCGAAUCUGCCCAGACUACGCCAUCUUGCCAUCAAGACGGUGUUGAAUAUCCCGUGGCAGCAUCGUGCGGAACUACGCCAAGGAUGGACGGACAAGAUGGAUCACGUUUUCCGCCGGCCAUUUGUUUCUCCAUCGCACAAGGUCACGCUCAGACAGGAAGAGAACGUCGUCGCACCGCGUGUCGAGAAGGAUCCUCCGAAACCGCGAAAACGUGCAAAGCGCGGCUCUCCCUCCCGACGCAGUGGUCGGAUCGCUGCCCAUUCCGCUUCUGAUACGGACCGGCAUUCAUCCCGCCCACGGAAUAGACCGCAAUAUCGCGAACCCGACACGGAUGAGGAUGAGCAGGAGGAGGAAGAAUCUGCCGACAGUCACUCUUCCGGGUCGGAGUCUGAGCGCGGCGGGCAGAACGAGCAACAGGCUGAGAAGUUACCUGUCCAAGGCAUGUGUGACACCGUGCUCAUCGUGAUCGACAACCAAAAGACCCGCGAGCUCCAAUACAGUAUGGAAGACUUCCAAGACGAGGCCAACGAGUCAUCCGGCGAAGAGUGGAACGAGGAUAACGAGGUUGAAGAUGAUGAUUAUGCUUGGUAAUAGCAUGCUCGACGGUCGAUAUGAACUUGCACCCAAGAGCCGGACGGAUGAACGAGACAUGGCUUGGGGGGCGGGUACGGACGAAAGGACACACUGAGGCAGCUCACGCCUCACAAUCACCUGUAUGAUGCUAUGAAUGGGAAACGACGGCAAUGGCUGGUACGGCUGGUAAAGGGUACGGACAUGUACAUGGGUAAAGGUCAGCGUUGUCAAUAAAUUAUUCCGGGAUCACACUCCCACUUACGGUUUGAUGGGCGCAAUGUCAUGGUCCGAUGGCUUACUCGAGCGGUGCCACAAUUCACUUGUAUUCAACAGAUGAUGAAGAGUCACACGAUUACGAGAUUCUGAAGUAUGCCUAUC